UUUACAAGGGAAGCGACUACAGCUAGUGUCAAGAAUGUUUUUCGGCGGAUUUUCACUUGUUUUCCCAUGUUUUAAAUGACUAUUUGGGGAAACCAGUUGACCCAGAUUUUAAAGGUUAUCUCCUCAAUCAUUUUAAUGUUGCCGCGAUUGGUCGGCGUCUAGACCGGGUUGACAUCAGAUGGCUGUAAGAUUUAGCUUCACUCUCGCUGAUCAUAAUCGAAGCCUGGGGAUCUGAUUGAUGCCCAUCGUAACCCUCACAAUCAGUAAUCAGCAUCUAUGUGGAAUUAGUGACAAAAGCGUAAUCUCGUGUUAUCCUCCUGAAAAUCGGGGACAAUUACCCCACGCCUUCUCCAGACGCCGAGUAGAAAAGCUGAACGGACAGUUGUGUAUCAUUUCCCACGACUCUUUCUAUGAAAAUGUCCAAGAUUGAGAGAUUGAAUGCACGGGUCUCUAAACUGCUGACCGCAGCAGUCCAAGAGGUUCUGGAGGUGGUAAAGGAUACGGUGUCGGAGUAUCAGGAGAAAACCGCUCGAACUCAGAGGGAAAACGAGAGACUUCAGAAGAAACUCCAGGAACUACAACAAAAGUUUGAUCGAGAAUUGACAAGAGUGUCCAGAGCAAGCCCUCCGUUGCAGGCUAGCCAAUCAGAGCAGGCUAAAUGCUCCUGUAAACAACUCCAACAGUCCUCCAAGGCGUCAGGCAAGCCAGAGCUGAAGGUGGAGUUCAGAGCGACCUCUGCAGAUGAGGUGAAGAACCAUCUGGACUCAAAGGUAGAAUCCAUCAUCAACGUUGAACAAGUGUUUACAAACGGUAGCGAAGUGGCUCUCUCAUGUCACGUCUCUGUGGUGGAUACAGAAAGUGACAGCUCUGCUCACUCACAGUCUGUGAACUCAAAAGACACCUCGGCACACACAGAAAGUGUAAUCUUCCCAAAUGGACUUUCAUCAUUGGCUAACUCCACCUCACCCGCUCAGCAAGUGCUUCCAGCUGACGUAAAUAUCAUCAAAGCGGAGCCCGACAUUCUGGAAUAUUCCCUCUCCCAGCAACCCGUGCCCCCACACCAGCUGUACGACAACGAGGAAAUCAACUCAGAUUCCGACCCCAACGUAGCACAGAACGACGUCCAGUUAGAUCUCCCACAGCACAACUCUGAUAUUUCAGACGUGGCACACUACAUCCAUUCCGACACACUCAACGCCUUUGUGGAGUCGUUCCCUUUCGAGCGGACCCAAGGGCUGGGGGCUGAGGCUUGGGCCCAGCAGCAGCAGCAGCAGCAGCAGCAGCACCACCACCAUCACCACCACCACCAACAGCAGCAACAGCGCUUCUCUGGCCGAGAGGAGAGCCACCGCUGCCUGCUCUGCGGCAAGACCUUCAGCCGGCUGGGCAACCUGCGCAUCCACCAGCGCUGCCACACGGGCGAGAAGCCGUACACGUGCGGGCACUGCGGCCGACGCUUCAGCCACGCCGGGAACCUGCAGAAGCACAAGCGCGUGCACACCGGCGAGCGGCCGUACGGCUGCCAGCAGUGUGGCAAGAUGUUCAGCCAGUCCACCCACCUCAAGAAGCACCAGAGGAUCCACAGCUUCCGCCACCUCAGCGUGGCCUGAGUUAGGAGGGGGGCGGGGUGUUACAUGAUUGGGUGGGAGCCAGGAACUAUGGGGCACAGUGUUACACAAUUGGGUGGGAGCCAGGAACUAUAAACAGGAAGUGUGGUGAUUUGAUGUAGCGUCUCUCGAACGUCACCAGAUGUGGCUCAGUGCUGUUGUAGUGGGUUUGAUGUUUAACUGUGGUAAUUGAUAGAAGUGGGAGAGCAAAAUGAUACUGUCUAGUGUCGCAAUAUUUUUCAGCACAAUGUUAUUAUGAUUCAUUGUCUCGAUAUUUAUGUAUUUAUCAUUAGGAUUUUCAUUUCUUUUAAAUGUGACUCCUCUGAUAACAUGGACGUUCUUCUCUUGCGUCACAGUGGAAAUUGAAAAGGGAGUUAAAAUCUAGAACAUAUUUACUUGCACAGAGAUGGCUUUGGAGACUCCCAGUGUACAAAAUGUAAUAUAUGAGCGAAAUGAAUUGCAAUGUAUCAUUUAAUAUAAUAUAAUUGCAAUACUUGCUGUAUUGCAAAAUGUUGAGAAAUGCAAUAAUAUCCCAAAUAUUGUGAUGUUUCAGCCAACCCGAGGAACAUACUGUACUGUAAGCUAAAUUGUCAUCUGAAAAAGUGUUCUUACUACAGUAGGUCAUAACAUACAGUAUGAGAAAGGAAAAGGCAGUGAUAUCAGAACAGAAUCAGAUCAGAAGAAAUAAGGUAAUCUGACUCUUUAUUUGUGGCUAAAAUAUCCCCUCGCAAUCUUCAUAGUUUGAAUAUCAUGUCUGACUUUGAAAUCUGUCUGUCUUAAAUGAACUCAGUACAGUCCUUUCCACAGAUGUACAGAGAGCGAUGGCCCCGAAGUUUGAAAACACAAGGUCUUUGUAUUCUCUUUUGUGUUCAAAGUUAUCUUGAUAUGUAAUAUAAGUCUCUCUGACAAAUAUCAACUUGUCGGCUCUACAGAUGUAACAUGAAACUACAUCAUAUAUGAAACUUUUAUCAUCACAGUUAUAGUGACUAAAAAUGAUCAUGGUUAUCGGUUUUACCACGGUAUUGUCAAAAUGUGCUGAAAAGGUUUCUAAGCCUACCAACGAUGGACGAAACUGAUAAUCGGAAUAACAGAAUAGCAUUCAUACGUGCCAAGCUUCACAGUUAGGUGCCCAGGUGAGGUGAACAGGUGCUCUUCAAGACAAGUAUCUAAAGUAUGCAAUAUAGCCUAGGGUU